GUGUUUUAGAUCUGCCUAUUGGUGACGGGGAGGUCGGCAAGAUCGCAGAACAUAUACUUGAUAAAUCUGAAAACUAUUAUUCCCAUAUUUAUACCGUUACUGGACAUGAACUUUUGUCUGGCAAACUUCUCGCCGAACGUCUAAGCCAAACUCUUCAUCAUGAAUUAGUUUAUAAACCGUCUGAAGAUGAAAACCAUAUCAAAGAACAUAUUAAGCAAUAUGUAACUACUCCUAUUGAG